AUGGCGGCAGACGAAACGGAGCAAAACAAAAACGAACCUGAAUCAGUCGAAGAUGUGGACCCAUCGAACUUGAAGAGAAAAAGUGAUGGAUUCCUCUUCAGAAAUUUUAAAAGGCUCAAGCAAAAACUGCAAGGGAAUGGAGAUCAGGAGGAGGAAUCUGAGAAAGAGCCACCAACUGAGCAAUCAGAUGAUCUGCCUGAGCAGAAUCCAGACGAUCAGGACAACCUCAACCCUCGUGUGCACAUCUCAAAGAACUUCAAACACAACAAGAAGAGUAAAAAAAUUAUAGAUGAAGAUUAUGGAAAUGACGGAGAGGAAGAGGAGGUGGUGGACAAAGAAGGAAACGAUGAACCGACAGAUCGCAGGAGGAAGAAGCCUAAAAGGGUGAAUGAUAACCAUGAUCAAAACGCAACGAAAGAAGGAGUGAGCAAACAUGAUGGUGUAAAAACGAAAGUUGAUUUAACAGUUGCAAACCUGAAUGGGAAUGAUGUAGAAAAGGGGGGGAGUAAGGAAAGAGAGUCAAUGAAUAAUAACUCUCCUGUGGAAAAGGAACUUAAAAAAUCCAAGGUGGGUGAGGAGGAAAACGACGAUGAGGAGGAAAAUGAUGUUGAGAACGAGGAGGAUGACAAUGACAAUGACGAUGAAGAGGAAGAGGAAGAGGAAGACGAUGACGAAGCGGAUGAGGACGAAGAAGAAGACGAAAUGAAAGGAUUCAUCGUAGACAGCGAAGAAGAGGAAGAGGACGACGACGAUGAAAACGAUGAUGAUGAAGAGGAAGGCAAAAAGAAAAAAAAGAAGAAAAAAAAAAAAAAAAAUUAUGAUUAUUUUGAAAACAAAAGCCUAGACGAAGAAGAUCUAGAACUAAUAGCAGAAAAUACUGGAAUGCAAGUAAUUCGUAGCGAAAAAGACACGAAACAUCGAAGAUUAAAAAAGAUUAAAGAUUUACAAGGGGGAGAUGACGACGAUGAUGAUGACGAUGACGAUAAUCUCUUUGCAACAACUGCAAAGAGCGAUGACAAGAAUGAAAACAAAAUCGAUCGGCUAAAAGAUAAAGACUACUUUAUUGACGAUAGCGAAACGCCACAGAAGAAGCACAAGGCGGAUCUGAAAAACAGCCUUUUCAAUUACGACGAUAACCAGUCUGAUGGUGGCGAAAAUGAAAACGAUGUCGAAGCAGAUGACGAUGAGGAAGAAGGAUACCCAAUCUCAUCAGAAAAUAUUUACAAAACAGAUUCUUAUAUCCAUGAAAUUAUUAGCCAAACGUUUGGAGAUGUUAAUACUGUUCUGGACAUAAUUAACGUAUCUCCUGUGAAGAAGAAGAAAAAAUACGAUUACGAAAAUGAUGAAGAAGACGACGAAGAAGAGGAAGAGGAAGAAGAGGAAGAUGAGGAGGAAGAGGAUGAUAACGAGGAUGACGACCACGCCGGGAGAAAUCGCGAAGGACAUGGGGGUGAUAACCUGUUCUCUGGGGAUAUCCUUCUCGACGAUGAUGAGGAGGAAGAAGGACCCAGGAGAAUUAAAAAAAAAAAGAAAAAAAAAUCCAUCAGCUUUUUUGAUCAAAUUAAUGAAGACAUGAAAAAGAAGGGGUUGGAGGAGGAUUCAGAUUAUGAGGUAGAUGAGGGGGAGUAUGAAGUUGAUGAAGAAGAAAAUGAAGUCGAUGACGACGACGAUGAUGAUGAUGAUGGUGAUGACGAGGAUAGUGACGACGAUGAUAAUGAUGAUGACUCUGCCGAUGAGAACGACGAAAUGGACGGAGAGAGCGACCGUGAAAUUUACGAGCAGGAAUUCAAACAAGUGUGCGAUGAAGAGUACGAAAAAUUUGAAGAAUACGAGGAGUACGACGAUUUUGAUGAUUUUGACCAUCUGCCCUAUUAUGAUGAGGAUGCCAUAAGGAAGAAGGACAAGUAUGGAGGGGGGAAAAGGGAUAAGGUGAAAAGGAAGAAGGUUUUAAGCAUCCUAGAUGAGAGCGACAGGGAGGAAGAAGAUGAUAAAGAUGAUAAGGAAGAUGAUAAAGAAGAUGAUAAAGAUGAUAAGGAAGAUGAUAAAGAAGAUGAUAAAGAUGAUAAAGAAGAUGGUGAAGAUGAAGAUGAUAAUGGAGAAAAGAAUAAAAUAGCAGUGGAGGAAAAUCAGAUAGACCUGUUCGGAGAGGAAGACAUGGUCGAGGCGAAGGAAAAAAUGGGAAAAACUAAAAAAGGAAAAAAGAAAUCGAAAAAUAACAAGAAGAAGAAGAAGAAAAAAAAAAAAAAAAAAAAAUUAGAUACAAUAUCAAACAGAUGGAAAAGAAUCGCAGAACCGGAUGAAAGGCUCAGCCAGUUAUUAACAAAAAAAGAUGACCUAAUCAGGUACUCCGAUAUCCCAGAAAGAUUCUACUUCCACUACAGUAAAAGAAAAACCAAAUUAAACAAAAAGUUGUUACUCAUAGAAUCCAAGUGGAUAAUACAUAAACUGAAAGAGAAAUAUCCAAAUUAUUUCACAGUAAAAAAUAUGGAAAAAAUAAUCGAGCAAAAUUACGACAAGACCUAUACACAUAUAAAGGUGCAGGAAUUUUUAAGUGAUAAUUUUCUUUUAAAAAAAUGUAUCCUCACAUUAACGUUAUUAUUAAAAUAUAAAAAUGAAAUUCCAUUUAUUUUCUUUCACAAAUUCUACUUAAUCUCUCCACCAUUUAAUUUAAAUAUACUAUGGGAUAUAUAUGAGUUGGAUGCACUAUGGUAUAAAACAUUCUCCAAAAUGAACAGGCUAAGAAUUAAAUUAAAGUUGUUAAGUAAUUCAUAUAGGAUCCAUUCAAACGUCUUUGACAUUCUCGAUAAGAACAAUGAUCUGUACUAUGAGGACAUCAACAUAUUUUAUUUCUAUGUGAAGAAUGAACUCUUCAGGGGGAUGAAGAUGGAAGAAACUGCCCAUGGAAAGAACUCCUCCAUUCUUUGCAUUAAGGACGAGGGGGAGGAAAACGCCGAUUUGGAAAGAGAAAAUACCAUUGGAAGAAAGGAAAAUGUGCCCAGUACAAUAUCCACCAUAGCGCAUGUAAACGAAAAGAAAUAUGUCCAUUCCGGGGGUACAGGUGACGACGACACGGACAACCAGAACCUCGCGGAUGAUCUCUUUGGAGAAAAACUGCUAGAAGAAAAUACCUCAAAUAAAAACGAAGCCCCAAAAAAAACGAUCAAGAAAGACGAAGAAUCUAAACUUUACAACGAAAAGAGUGUCCCAGGAUUUCUCUUCCUUGAGUAUGUAAGAAAAAACAAAUUCAAUAUUUGGGAUGACUACCUCCUCACCACGGAAGAGUUUUAUGAAAACAUCGCUUACAUUUAUGAUUUAAUAAAGAAUGAAACGAUUUGGCCAAAAGACGAUGCGGCAGAUGCAGGAGAAUCGCAGGAGCAUCAAUACGACGACUACAAAUACGGGGAUACCAAAACUAGCCGAUAUGCCAAACAUGAACUGGGAACACAUCAUAGCAAAGCGAAAUACAACAAAGAGCAAUUAAGCACCUUCACGUAUAAUUGCUCCAAGAUUAAACACAUGGUUACAAAUGUUCCAGAAAUUUAUGGCAACGAUGUGAAUAAUCAGAAUCAGGUGGAGGAGUGGUGUAAAUCCUUCUUCACACGAGAAGUAUCAAACAAUAAAGAAAUUUUCAAAACCCUCGUUUGUUACUAUGCAAAACUCUUGGCUUCUCACCCAUGCGUGAAAUACAUUUUAAGAUUCUUCUUCCUCAAAUACGCUUCCCUCACGACUGUGAGUACUAGCCAAGGAGAAGUGAACAUCGAUGUUAGCAACCCAGACUACUUCUCCUUCCGAUUGUUCAGAUUCCCAGUGUAUCACUUGCUAUGUGGUGAAUAUAAUAAGAGCGGAGGCGAAACCGUCGACAGUAGUGCCACCGAGGUGAGUAAGGGGAAUACACCCUACCGCCCGUCUCACGACCCAUGCUAUGUGCACAACUACAAUGUAAACUUUUUCAACACACAACUGGACGAAGGAGAUAUCAGCAUGGACCUGAAGAAGAAGGAGUUAGAGAACUACUACGCCAAGCACAAAUACAAACACAUCUAUCUAGAAAUUCUAAAAAAUAGAGAUAACAAAUUAGUGAAUCUGAUUAUCCACCCAAUAUUGCCGCAAGAAACAGUUCCAUGGAAAACGGAAGAUUUUGUAGAAAGGGAAAAAUGUAAAAAGAAAAAAAAAAAAAAAAAUGAUCGAAAUUUGAAGGCCUUCUUCGAAAAGGAAAAAAGUAAAUUAUCCAAAGCAGAAGCUAUGGACAACGAAUGGAUCAACAAUCUCCUAAAGCAACUAUCUUACGCUUAUUGCUAUAACGACCUUGAGGACACCAACCUCUUCGUGCAUGUACAGAAGAAAAUCUUAAAUAACUUCCUGUGUGUUGAAUUAUUGCCCUUGUUUAAAAGAAAUAUAGAAAAUAUGUUACUCGCUAGUGCACAAAAUUGGCUCAUGGUGUACAUUCAUCAGUCUUUCUAUCUUACACUGAAUGUUAAACCAAUUAAAAUUUACAAAAAUUGGGAGAAGGAAAAGGCCAAACUACGAAAUGGAAGAAACGAAGAUAAUUAUUCUUCAGAUUAUGGGAGCAGAGAUUCCUACUCCAAGUACGACGAUGUGCAAAGCAGGCACCUGCGCCAUGGAGGGAAAAAGAAGUACUACAGUGACGAAUCUCACAACAGCAGUAGUGAUGAUCAUGAUGAUGGUGGGAAAAGAUCCAGGCGCAUCCGAAAGGAAGAAAAAAAAAAAAACAAAAAGAUGGAAAGCAAAUGGGGAGAAAGUGAUGACUUAACAACACCAGAAAUGAAAGAAAAAAAAAAAGGGAAUACAAAAGGAUCUCAGAAAGGAGGGACCAAUUGGGAUCUCAGUGCCGACCAAAGUGGAGAUACCAACUGGGAUCUCAGUAGAGAAGAAAAUGCGAAACACAAGUCGGAUAAGCGGUCAAAUAAGCCCGAACUCUUCGACUCAUCACACUCCAAUGGAAGUGAUGAGGAAUACAAAUCCGACGGAACAAUGAAAGAAAAAGAAAGUGGAUACAUGAAGCAUCUGUCCUAUGAUGAUAACUAUUCCGACAAAUCUGGAAAAAGUUACAUUUCUAACAAACCAGAUGAAGAAAAAAAAAAACAAAAAAUUUUAAAAAGUAUAAAAAAAAAUCAUAACGUGUAUGAAGUGGUGUCCAUAAUCUGUGAACCCAUAAACUAUGGGAUCAGGUUACACAUAAUGGCUUGCGACAUCUAUGGUGAUAUUAUCGAAUACAUCUACCUAGAUAAUCUCUACCUGGAUAUUGGGAAAAAGGAGAAAAUGCCAGUCGAGCAGGAGAAAAUUGCCAAAGAUAUUAAUAUAUUUAGCAACUUCCUCCGGAAGAUAAAGCCCGAUGUGAUAGUCGUCGGUGUUAGGGAUGUAUACUCCUACCUCGUCUAUUCCUACAUGUUGAACUUCACCAACGGGGGCAUGCAGAACAUAGGGGAUGAUGCUCAUCGGUAUGGCAUUGGGGGGAGCACUCACCAAAUGAGCAAUUCGCACCUGACGGGUAUCCCUGGCAAGUAUGUGGUAAUUCCCGAAAAUCUGUACAUCCCAAGCAUAGUAACGAAUAGUCUAAAGUACAGCGCAGAUUUGACGAGCAAGUAUUCGAGGGAGGCGCUACUCUGUCUGUCCCUGUGCCGCUUUGUACAAAAUCCGCUCUGUGUAGUUAUAUCCCUUUUUGAGGAAGAAAAUAAAAACAUGCUUAACAUAUGCCUGCACGAUUUACAAAAAUAUAUCUGUAGCUACAAGUUAGAGUCCCUGUUCCAAAGAAUUAUAUUAGAUGUUGUAAACAAAACCGGGUGUGACAUAAAUUUCUUGAAGAAGAAAAAAAAACACUUGGGAGUUAUGUUAAGUUACGUGGCUGGAUUAGGUUUACGAAAAAGAGAAGAAUUAAUCAAACUUUUACACAACAGGAAUUUAAGUACCAGGGAGGAUCUACUCACCCUAUCAUCGAAUAAAAACCUAAUAGGGAAGUGCAUCUAUCGAAACUGUUCCUCCUUUAUUAGAAUUAUAGGGCACGCGGAUGAGUAUGUCGAAGCGCUAGACAACACAAGGAUCCACCCCCUCAAUUGCUAUGAUAUUAUCCAGGAUUUAUUCAAAAACGUUAUAGACACAAAGAAAAAUAACUUCUUAAAAAGCACUUACGACAUUGUUAACUAUAUUAUUAAUAAAAAAAAACUUAUUCGAAAUAUGGAGAUAAAGGAGUAUUCUAGGAGAUUCUAUGAUGAGAAGAAAAUAUACAUUUACCCCUACCUCAAGUUUAUUCAGACGGAACUAAUGCAUCCGUAUAAGGACUACCGUUACAACUACGAGCGGAAAAAGGAAGAAGAGUUGUUCUACCUAAUAAUCAAUGAAAAGAAGGAAAACCUAGCCAUUGGAUCUGAGGUUGUAUGCAAAAUGGACUACCUUAACAAAAAUAGCAAUUAUAUUAAAAUCACCAUUCUACCAUACAACAUUAAGGGUAUCAUUACCGAUUCGAAGGAAUUUCUACGACAACUGAAAAAGUAUUACAUUGAACGAAUGAACCUAAUUAAUUCUAAUUUAGAAAAUAUAAACACAUCAAAUAGGAGAUACCACCAUUACGGAAAUAGCAGCAAUUUGAAGGACACUGAAUAUAUUAACAACUCCGUCUUGGGUGAAUUAAUCAAAGGGAGAAUCUCUUCCAUCAGCUAUAAUUUGUACAACCGCUUCGAAACCAACUUCCAAGUUGUCGUAACGGAUGAAAAUAUCAAGAAGGUUAAAGAGCAGACACUUAUGGAUAGUUUAAAAUGGCCACUCACUUAUAAUUAUCUUUCCCCUUUGGUUGAAUUCGACAUACACCACGACACAAACACGUUCAUACAAAACCAUUUCAGAAAAUUAAAUGACAACGAGGAUUUUGAAGAUUUCUAUGAAGAAGACGAGGAGGACGAAGACCAAACAGAACAGAAUCCAUCGCAUGAUCCACAUCAGGAUGGACCUAUGACAAAUCGCAUUAACAACAAUAGGCAACAAAAAUUGAAAAUAAAAAUAAAAAAUAAAAAUAAAUAUUAUCAAAAUAAAAAGCUCAUAAAUCAUCCUCAUUUCAAAUUAUGGAAUUAUCAUGAAGUGCAUGCAUAUCUUAAACAGACGAAUAUCCAAAUAGGAGAGUCCAUUAUCUACCCAUCGAACGAACUGAACAAGUUAUACUUACACGUAAAAACAUCAGAUGAUCCUUUCAUCAUUGCCAAGUUUACUGUAUACGAAAAGAACAUUCAGCAUGCAAAUAACAGUGGCACUGCCUCCCUACAUAAGCAUCUCCAGGGAAUUCAACAAGUGUACCUUAUAAAUAACGAGCAGUUCCACUCCAUUGAUCAAAUAAUCUCUCUCUUUUGUGAAAAACUAAAACAAAACUUAAUGGAAUUGUAUAACCACCCCAAAUGUAAGAGAAGAAAAGACUGGGAAGAAAUUAGAAAAGAACUAUCGCAAGAAAGUUUACUGAAACCUGAACAUAUCGUCUGGGCCCUUAUCCCCCCCAUUCCCUUCCUACCCAAAAAGAAUGCCAACGAAAAUGAUAAUAAAACUGCCAGUCCAGAGUUUAAUCCCCUUCGAUUUACCCUUAUGGUUAUCCCGCCACAUAAUCAUCACCAACAGCUGUACGCAAAUUAUAACAACGACCUUCAUCGAAAGGAUCACAUCGUUCUCCAAGAUUCCAUCUACGUCGACCAUAAGUCCUUCAAAUUGUGGACCAGGGUUGAGCGCAACUUUAAGAACCUCAUUACAUGGUGGAAGGAGAAAGGCUACUGGAACAGACAAAACGAGCGACAGGAGUACAUGAACGAGAAGAAGAGGAAGAUGGAGGAGUACCGCCGCCUCCGGGGGGGCAGACCCUAA